UCUGGGGACAAGGAAACCAUUCCAGCCUGCCUCCAAUAAUCCACAGACAUGAUUCCAGAGAGAGACUCUUCCUCAAAACUUUAAUUACAUACAAGCCUGUGCCCCUAGGCCAUGCAGUCACGGCGGGGCCGCCUCUCCGCACCUGGGCUAGGUACUACCUUGGGUGUUGAAGUUACAGCUAGCCCUUCCAUCUCUGGUGAUCUUCGACUGCUCCAUAUUAUAGAUUGUGGUGAGCAGUUGCUUUGUUGUCAGUUCAACAACGACGGGACACGAAUUGCAGCAGGAUUGAAGAAUGGUACCAUUAAGAUUUAUGCAGUCAGCGAUGGACUGCUUCACCAUGUUCUUACUGACAGUGAGACUGCCAAGUUGGGGCUACCUAUCACCUCCUUGCGCUAUAUGCCCCGGGGCCCUGCCCACAACGGAGACGUCUUGCUUGCCACCUAUUCUGGUGGGAAGGUGAAACUAUGGCACGUCUCAUCCCGCACUUGUGUGCGCACAUUAACAGAGGCCCGCCAGACAAUGAUAGCCUCCUUCAACCCUUCAGGUUCCAGGUUCCUCACAGCUGGAUCAGGGCUUGGGAUUAACAUGUAUGAUACUCAGACCUGGAAUAAAACUGGAACCUACGAACCAAGUGAUUCUCCAAGUUUGAUGGACGGGCACAUGUACCGAGUCUAUUCUGUGGCCUUCUUUCCAGAAAAUGACAAUCGCUUUAUCUCUGGAGGAUGGGAUGACACUGUUCAGUUCUGGAACUCAGAGUCGCCACAUUCUCUACGGCGCAUCUCUGGGCCCCACAUUUGUGGCGAUGCUGUCUCCAUAGACAAAACCGGGACACAGAUUUUGACAGGUUCCUGGAGGCGUAAUAACACCUUGCAGAUCUGGGAUGCAGAAACUUGUGCCAAGAUCAUGGACAUUCCUGAAGACUUUCGGGGCCACUCGCAGAUUUAUACCUGUCAUUUCCUCGGUCCUGAUCAUAUCAUAGCUGGUGGGAGUAGAAACAACUUGUGCCGGCUUAUUGACAGAAGGAUCCUCAUGAGUACGGGGGCACUGAAUGACCUGCCUGGAGGGGUCUAUAGCACCCACAUCAACAGCCGCGGGGUCUUAGCAGCCACCUCCCUGAACUCCUUGUUCCUGGCACACACUCCUGUACGACCUUGAACCCUCCUUGCGCUCACCAAGAGAGAUGCCACCAGCACCUCGGUAUGGACAAAUCAUGGUCUUCCACUAAGGACUUGUAUUGUUGAUCAUGGUCAGUCCCAGCACGUCCUGUUUAUAUUCACAUCUUCUCAUCAUGUUCUCCGGUCAGCGAUACAAGACACUGUCCCUUCCGAUCAUUGUUUACUUUUGUGGAUGUAUUCCCAUUUCAGACCAAGGACAGAUUGGCCAUGCCUGCCUCAGCCUUCUCUUCUUCUGUAAUCAGUUUUUAAGACCUUCUUGCUGUAUUCUUAUUGACUGCUGCUGUCAUCUAGUAUGUGCUAAUCGGACUGGGUAAUGUUACCAGAAGUCUCUGGGGUUGAAAUGCAUCCCAUAAUCCCUUGUACCAAAUCAUGAGGAUAUAGCUAAGAAGACAGUCCCAUCACAAUACACUUUUGAUCAAAUGUAUGGAAGUUUUCCCUUGUAUUUCUGCAUGAAUUGGUCAUCUCUACCCAGAAGCUAAGAUCUCCCUCCCUCUUUCCUCAUCCCAGCUUGGCUACCAUAAAACACUGCCUUGGUGCCAAAUUAAACCAUCAUGGCUAGGCCACUUGUGUGCCCAGGAUUCCUGGGUUCUUUGGGAAAGAAAUAGGAGUCUGCACAUACAUGAGCGGAGCAGAUGGCAGCUCUGGAUACUUCCAGAUGGAAGCUUCUUUUACCACAAAUAAUUAGAAAGCAUUCUAUCUUGUCUUCUUAAUGGAUUUGUUUCUGGCAUUAAGAAGAACAGUCAAAGAAACAACUGGAAAAAUGGCAGGUUGCAAGCAGAAGAUCGUGAUAUGCUGUAAAAUAAUAUGAAUUACAUGGGGUAAGAUUAAAAAGCUCAGCUGGAAGCA